UUUGUUUAUUUGUUUAAUGUAAAUUUUUAUAAAUCAUACUUGUAAACUGACAGUGCUGAGAAAUUAAGAAUCCUUAUAUUUUGCAUGACCCAUGUAUAAUAAAACGUAUAAUAUAGGUGUUUGACAAAUAAAGUGAAAACAUUUUAAACGUAAUUUAUAAUGAAUCCCAAUUGUAUUUUUUGCAAAAUAGUGGAUGGCAAGACGGAAACCGUAAUAGAAUUCGAAAAUGAGGAAAUAGUAAUUUUUAAGGAUAUUAAACCUGCUUCAGACUAUCAUUUUUUGGCAGUGAGCAAAGUCCAUAUUGAUAAUGUGAAGUCAUUAAAAGUAGAAGACAAACCUUUAAUCGUUAAUAUGGAGAUAUCUCUUAAAGAACAUAUAAAAAGUAAAGGAGUGGAUGAAAGUGAUUCCUUAUUUGGUUUUCAUUGGCCUCCAUUUAAUAGUGUAAAACAUCUUCAUAUGCAUGGAAUUGCUCCAGUUUCAAAAAUGUCCGUGCUUACAAAAAUGGUUUACAAACCAGGAAGUCCAUGGUUUUCUACAUCUGAAUAUGCUCAAAACUGGCUAAAAUAGAUUAUCUGAAUCAAAUCAAAGAUUUGUGUUGAAAGUUAACAAAAUCUAUAUUCAACAAAAAACAAAAUUCAGAUAAUAGUUCCUGUAGAUAAUACUAUGUGUAGAUUAAGCAAAUAGUUACUUCCUAUUUCUUAAAACGAUGUGAUUGUUAAAAUUAAAACAAAAUGGUGCAAACAAAUUAUUUUAAUUUGAUAAAAGUGUGAAUUAUAUAAUGUCUGUAAAUUUAAUAAAUAUUUGAAUUGUUUUGUAAGUUAUAAACUGAUAGUAUGUGUGAUAGUAUAUGUUAUUAAAGUAACUAUUUUGGGAAAUGGAGAACGAUUAAAAUUUGAAAGAAUAGCAUAUUAUUACAAUUUUUUUUAAUAUGUGUUUAGGUACAACCUAUUUAUCGUAAUUUGGAUAGUGCAGGUUUUACAAUAAUGCUAAUUUAAAUGCUAAACAAAUUUUUUCUAGCUUAAUAGGCCAGAAAGACAAAUAAAAACAUAAUUCAUUCAAAAAAUUCUAGAUGAUUUUCAACUUCUUUCUUGAACUUUGUUGUAGAAAGUUAGCAAUAGGCUAGAAAUUUUGAGGAUGGUAAUAAUUAUGCUUGUAAUUAUAUUUAUAAGACAAGUUGACCAUGUAUUAAGUUUUGGUUUUAAAUGCAGCUUAAAGGCGGAUUCAAAAUUUUGCUGCUGAUAAUACAGAAUACUACCAGAAUUAUUGUAUUAAGUUUAAACAAAAAUUGGCAACGCCUAAUGAUUUGUCAACAGAACAAGCAGCUCAACGGUAAAAUCAAUUGUUUGAU